AUGGGGUCAGGAAAACCAAGAGGAUUAAGAGCAGCAAGAAAAUUAAGAAUAAGAAGAAGAACACAAAAAUGGGCAGAUAAAAGUUAUAAAAAAUCUCAUCUAGGAACAAGAUGGAAGUCUAACCCAUUUAGAGGAAGUUCUCACGCAAAAGGAAUUGUAGUAGAAAAAGUUGCCAUUGAAGCUAAACAGCCUAACUCAGCUUACAGAAAAUGUGUAAGAGUACAAUUAAUUAAAAAUGGUAAAAAGAUAACAGCUUUUGUUCCAGGGGAUGGUUGUUUAAAUUUUAUCGACGAAAAUGAUGAAGUUUUAGUUUCAGGAUUUGGUAGAAGUGGUCAUUCAGUUGGUGAUUUACCAGGUGUUAAAUUUAAAGUGGUUAAAGUAGCAAGAGUUUCCUUACUAGCUUUAUUUAAAGAAAAAAAAGAGAAACCUAGAUCAUAA